GGUGCACAAUAUGUUAUUGAGUAAGAGCAUCUCAGCGUAUUUCAAUCGUUCGACCUGCAUCGUAUCUCCAUGCCUGACGAAAGUCUAAUAUGCAAAAUUUAUAUAGAAGGUAGCGAGAAUUUGUGAGACUUCGCACGAUUGGCCGUCAUAGCACUCAAUGGGUAUGAUCCAGCAAAAUAAGAAUCUGGCGCAACGCGCAUGCAAUGUUUGAUGUAUGGAGCCAUUCAAGUGCUCAGCCGCUUGAACUUUUUAAAUUUUUUUCCACUGACAAAGAGGUUGGUGAUGAUAAGACAUACGAUUUAGACGUCAAAAAGUACGAAAUGUAUCGUGAAGCUGAAAAUCCAAGCAUCAGGCGGUAUGAUCAUCACAGAUAGUCAUCUACAAGCAAAGACAUUUUGAGUGCUAAAUAUAAAUAUAUUCACUUCUACAUCACAGUCAUCAGAAUCAAUUUUGCCUCCUGCGUUCUGAAUAUUUCGUUUACUCAGAGCUCACUUGAUGUAUAGGCGCUGACCUAGCAGCCUUUAUUCAUUUUGUGCCUGACAAAUUGUAAAUCAAAGCAGUAAAUGUCGUUUUCAUAGCCAUCGAACUUCCUACACGUCGAGACGUAAACAUGAGCGCUUUAUGAAGUAUCCAAAAAUACUUUGUUGGUCCAAAGACUCAAUUUCUGUCGGCUUAAGCCAAAAAAUGAUGUCGGAGAACUCAUCACGUUCAGGGUUACAAUAACACAAGAUAAUAAACGCUCAAACAUCAUGCAGCACAAAAAGACGGCUGCUUAACAAACCACAACCAUGCUUCAAGACAGACUGAUGAACAUGUUGACGUUUUGAGUGCGUCAGCAUGAGCACCCAGAGUCUCAUUCUCACGCUAGCGUUCGACUUGUCACCUAUCCAGAUGUGUACUGUGCAACUCGCGGUGCCUUGUGAACAAGGCAAGCAAUUUAAAGCAUUUGCUAAAAAAAACCUUCAACACUGCACAAUUAUUUUAGCACGCCAGGCGUUAUCAUCUCCAAGUCUCAUUCAACAUAUGCAGGUGAUUGAUUAUCAGGUAGACAUAUACUUUGAUAGCGAUCUGCUGCAGAGCUGUUCGUAACCUAAAUUUCUGUCAAGGGCAACCAUCAAGAAAAGAAGCUGACUCAAGUCUACAAUAAAAAUAUUAGAACCAGGAUGGGUUUUGAUACCUUGAGGUUAAUGGGACAAUUCAAAAGAGAUUUAU